CUACUAAAAUAAAAAGAAAAAGAACCUCAGAAAAUGAAUAACUUUUAUUUGAUAAUCUUUUUAUUUGCUAAAACUAAGUAAUACAAUUAAUAUUGUGAAGUACAGUAAGUUAUAAUAAAGAUUUUAGUGACAACAAAGAAACCAUUGUGGCAAACGAAAAAUUAUUUAUAAAUAAAAAAGUAAAGAGUAAAUUAUUAAAAUGCAACGCAAAAGAAGAAAAUUUGUCUAGGUAACUUUGAAUGAAGGUGGUGAUUUGACUUUGUUCAUAAAUGGAAUGUGAACAUAAAGUGUAUUUAAUAAUGUUACCCCAAUUAAUUAAUAAUAAAAACAAAACAAAAUAAUUCUUGUGCAAAAAACAUUAAUUAGAUAAGAGCUAAUUUAGAUUAACGCUGAGGAAUUGAAAAAUUCCCACAAGUUAGACAUAAAAGCAAUCACUGUAACAACAACAAUACAAGUUCCAACUAUAAAAAUCGUCCAAUUUUUGCCAGAUUUAUUCAACGAAAAACGCCACAUCCUCAACAUGAGAGGUAUUGAGGGUAAAGUCGUUAUUUUAGGAUCUAGGGGUGUUGGUAAAACAUGCCUUGUAACCAAAUACAUUAAGAACACUCUACACAAAGAUGUUGGUCCAACAAUAGCUGCUUCGUUUUUUACUUGUAAGGUCAUCUUGGAUGAUGUUAAAGUAAAAUUACAAAUUUGGGAUACUGCUGGCCAGGAACGUUUCAAAGCCGUUGCGCCCAUGUAUUAUCGCAACGCCAAUGCUGCCAUAUUAGUUUUCGAUUUAUCACAAUAUCGAACAUUUAGCGAAAUUAAAUCGUGGAUACAGGAGCUACAUCGCAAUGUACAGGAACCCUUAAUACUAACACUAGUGGGUAAUAAAUUAGAUUUACAUGCAAUUCGUGCCGUGUCACGAGAAGAGGCUUGCCUAUUUGCCAACUCUAUGGGAGCAACAUAUUUCGAGACAUCUGCCGAGACGGAUCAAGGCCUGGAACAGGUGUUUGUCAGUACUGCCUUAGGUUUAGUGCGUUUGGCUAAAGAAGGCAAAUGUCGUUCUCUAAGACAAUUUGAUUCGUGUGAUUCGAUCUCGACCUAUACCAAUAAUAAUACAGCGUUCAAUCAUACCGCUCAAGCGAUUAGUAGUCGUCAUUUGCAUGAAAAUGGUUCCGUAAUACAUUUGCCCUCAGUGCCGUUGGGUAUACCGGUAGAGGGGGAUGAUGUUAAAGCCACAGCAGAGGGACGUUUAGAGACACCAUCCUGGAGUAUAGAGCAUAUAGCGUUGGGUGAAGUGGAACCCGUCAAUUGGUGUUGCUAAAUUCUAAUUGAAAUUCUAUAUAAAACCCACAAAUAUGAAUUUGAUGCAUAUGCAAAUGCAGUCAGUAAAACAAAAGUAGUUGAAAGAAAACAAUUGUGAUUUUUUUUAUUAAGAAAACAAACAACCCAACCAACAAAAACAAAGCAAUUUAUGAAUGCAAACCACAAGAAUCUUUAAUCAAAUACACAGAUAUUAUUUAUAAUUUAUAAAUAGCUACAUACUUAUUUAUGUAUGUAUUUAAUUCAUUAUUUUUCUUUAUGAUAUAACAAUGUAUGUAUGAAUAUGUAGCAAUAGAUUUAAGUAUAUAAAAUAAAAAAAAAACAGAAUUUUAAAAUUCUUUUUUACAAUAAUCUAAAUUUGUAUUGUAAAAUGCUUUUGACCAAAAAUGCCCAUCGAAUUUCUUUUCGUUUUUUUUUUUAUUUCAAAAAACACUUUUUUAUAUAAAUCAAAUUACUUUUAUUUUUAUUAUUAUGUAUUAAUUUUAAUUCUUUUCUACUAACCACAACUGGUACUGAUGUGUUUUUAAUUAAUUAUUAUGGUAUUUUUUUUCUUUUUUU